CAGGGUACCCUUCGCGUUCACAAUUGCUACUAACCGCGAGGUACGAACGUUGGCGAUGGCGCGGUUUCGUUAUCGAUUAUUUGCUAAUUUAUUCAUGCCCGCGAGUAGACGACGACGACGACGACGACGACGACGCCGUACUGGCCACCACUGCCGGUCGAUUCGGACCUCGUUCGUCGGCCACAACACGCGAGCUGCCACACUCCAUGCCGCGCCAUUAUAGUCAGCCAGGGACCGUCCCGACAGUAUGCCGCUCGCAUGAUCGCCACCGAGAAUCAUCGCCGAUUUCAUCACGUCCCCGAUGUCGGACAUCGAUGAGGAGUCGGUCGAGAAGCGGCUGAAGAUCGUGUUCGUGGGCGACUCCGGCGUCGGUAAAACCAGCAUCGUCCAGAAGUUUUGCAACAACGAUUUCACCAGACAAUACGUACCUACCGCGGGGAUCGACUUCUUCCUCAAGAACAUCAGUGUCGGUUGCUGCAAAAAUGUCAAUCUGCAUUUAUGGGACGUCGGCGGGCUCGCCCUGCACGGCAACAUGUUGGACAAAUACAUUUUCGGAGCACAUAUCAUUCUUUUGGUAUACGACGUCACGAAUAGCUCGAGUUUCGACAUUUUGGAAGAAUGGCUCAGUAAAAUCAAGAGUUUCAGCGACACUUACGACGAAAUGCCUCUAAUAGCGAUAAUUGGUAAUAAAUGUGACAUGGAACAUCAAAGGACAGUUAAGAGAGACAGGUCGCAUCGAUUCGCCGCGGAAAACGGAUUUGCUUAUCACGAUAUGUCUGCGAGAACUGGAGAAGCGGUAUCUUUGUGCAUAGCAGGCUUAGCGGCGCAAGUUUUGGGUGUCAGAUUAACAAGGACGGAUCAAGAUUUUCACAAGCCCAUCAUUAUCGCUGAAAUCGGGGACACGGUAGACAUGAGUUCGAUACAAAAAGUCGUAAAAAGGAUUCCUAACAAAAAGCAACACCCAAUUGCGUUCCAUCCCCAUUUUCCUGGCUCGAAAUCCGCGGUGUGCACACUACAAUGAAUGAUCUCAUUGAAUAUUUUUAAAAUAUCUUAUUACAUUUUUUACUUAAAUUUAGUCAAAUAUUAAUUCUGUUGAACCGUAUUUCAUACAUGAUGUUUUACACGAUAUCAUUGCACAAUCAAUUGUAUGUCAUAAAAAUUUCAUUCGUUUUGAGUGUUCAUGUAUUCAUAAAAAAAAGAACGGAAUAUAUAACAUCGAGAAUGUAUUUUUUACAAUUGUCUGCGCGUGAAUGUAUUGAAUUUGUGGAUCGCAUCUCAUUCAAAAUACACUGUAUGAGUGAAAAUUAUAUUUAUGUAAUGCGGGGCCAACGGGGCAAACAUAACCACAGAAUUUAUCUACCGCAGUUGGAAAAACAGAAUUUAUUAAUCGCAUCUUAUUAAUUUGUGAUAAUUGUUACACGCGCAAUACAUUAUUUAUAUAACAACAUUAAAAAUACUUUUAUAAUAGUCAGAAUUACGAAAUAAUAACAACCAAGCCUAUUAUAUAAUGCAAAGAUGUAUAUUAUAUAAUAUAGUAGCUCGCGGAAAAAUUCAAAAUUGCUAGGAAGAUUUGUUAAAUAUUAUACUAUGAGCUUUGUUCAUCGAAAAACAAUUUGACGCAGCGUGAUUGAAGAUCCUAUGUGAAAAUAAUGAAAAUUUUAGAAAAGAAAGUUCUGUGUUCUCUCUUUUCGAAAUAAAAGAAUAUUUUUAAAAA